AUGAGUCUCCUAGAUCUGCCACUUGAGAUUAUCCACCUUAUUUUCCAGUCCAUACCCGACCAAUGGGGUCUCUAUAGUCUCUCUGUCCUACAAGACCCCAACUUUGACCCUAAUCCACGGGGUUUCUCCCUUGACCUGUGGUCUCUUAACUCUUUUGUCCAAACAUGCAAAACGCUAUACGUGUCUCUGAACCCCUUCCUCUAUCAGGAGGAUGCUGAGUUUUACUCCAACCGUGCCCUGCGAUGGGGCAGCAGAAAGUGGCAACCUAGCAACUGCGCGGCUCUCACUCAAAGCGAAGCUCCCAGAGGAAAGAUACCACAAAAGAUGGGAGUACUUCAUGGUAUCGAUCCCAAUCGGGUUGCAUACUGGGAUACUGAGGUGGUCGACGGCGGGGAUUCGAACAAUCUAAGUAUCAAUCUGCUCGAGGAAGCCACGUACGGGGGCUCUGUGCCAAUCCUUGAAUUAUUACUUGAUCAUGGGGCGGUUACUGACCAUAUAACAUUCAUGUCCAUGCUGCGACACGCAGCGGGAAAGGGACACCUUGCUAUUCCCAAGCUUCUUAUGGAGAAUGGCUGUGGUCUUGGAUCGAUCGAUCCUGCGGAACAUCACGACGCUCUAUGCAGAGCAAUCGAGACAGGAUCUACCAGUGUGCCGCCAGGUCGGUCGUCUAUGGCUCUCGCUGCUUAUAUGCCCGACCCGGAGAUAGUCAAGAUGCUAAUUGCCCAUGGAGCGAAACCAUUUCCCGAGGAACCGGUCGGCACCAAUGUCCUCCCAUUGGUAAAUGCUGCCAGCGUGAAGAAUUAUGCAGUGGCUCAGCUCCUCCGUGAAUCCAUCGACCUGGAGGAGAUGAUCAGAUCGAGAGGCCAGAACCAAGAAUUGCUUUUGUUGGUCGCUGCUGCCUGUGGAUGGGAUGACAUGGUACGACAACUCCUCGACCAGGGCUGUCCGGUGGAUACAAAGGUACGGAAUUCGUACUCUUUUAAUUCAACCAGUAAGCCCGACAUCGACAAGCAGCAUCUCCCGGCUAUAUCGCUCGCGGCCGAUCGAGGUCACUACAGCACUGUGCAGCUACUGCUUUCCUAUAAUGCAAACUACAAUCCCCCCUGGAGAUAUGAAGAACCCUUUCCACUUCUCCAUGCAGUGGCCUCAGGACACCUGGAUAUUGUGGAGCUUCUCCUCGAUCACGGUGCAGAACCGAAUGGUAUAGGACGAUGGUAUGACCGGAGCAAAGAUAUUGGUGACCUACCGUGCAUUUAUUGGGCUUUGGGACAUCCGGAGAUCUUCCGCUUUCUGCUUGACCGAGGCGCGGAUCUAUUGGUGCCAGCAGUAGAAGCCAGCAUCCAGAUCGACCGGAGUCUACAUGGGAUUAUCUCAAUCAGUCAUGAGUUUGAGAGCGGAGGGCGAGCACCCACAAGCACACUUAUCAUCCAAGAGGCUCUCAAAAAUGGUUGUAUCGAAAUAGUUCAAAUCCUCCUGGAAAGAGGCAUACCAUUACAAACCCCUGGAUAA